AUGAUCAGCUUCACAAGAUGGACUACAGUGGAUGAGGUUGUUGAGAUUCCACCAGCUUUCCUAGAAUUCACCUACUCCCUUACUCCCAUAGAGAAGCUCCCAUCAGUUUUGGAUAACAAAGAGUACUUUACAGAUGUACUUGGCGCAGUCACAAAGAUCUCGGAUGCUUUGCCAUUACGGCCAAGAUCCCAGCAAGUUGAUACCAUGAAAAGAACUGUGACAGUAUGUGAUGAAAGUGGUGCUUCUCUGGACGUCACGCUUUGGGGUGAGCGAGCCACUUCAUUCCCAGCUGAACAACUUCAUAAGGAUGGACAGCAUUCACCACAAAUUGUAAUAUUUGUUGGCACUCUUGUGAGGGGCUAUGCUGGAACCAUCUCAUUGUCUGGCGGCUCAUCAUGCAAGUGGUAUAUAAAUCCUGAUGUCCCUGAAGCAAAAAACCUUAUUGCCAGCAUGAAAAGCGUGCACCAACCAGUUGCACUCGCUCCACAGGUAAAAUACAGUGAGCCCAGAACUUCUAUUGCAGAACACAAGAAAGUAUCUGAUAUCAAGUAUCUUCACCCCUUCAAGAACAAGAAAGUAGAGUGGUUGGUUACAGUAAAGAUAAUGAAGAUUGAUAAGUCAUGGUGGUAUGAGUCGUGCAAGAAAUGUUUCAGAACAACUAGGCCUCAUGGCAACACCUACAAAUGCUCUAAUCCAACAUGUAGCACCAUUGGUGCGCCUACCCCAAGGUACAAACUGGUCAUCAUUGCUGGGGACGAGACUGGUGACACUGAGUUUGUCAUGUUUGGACGCAUAGCGCAACAUAAUACAAUUUCUUCUGGCAAUGUCUCUUUCCAGGUCAAUACCAUUGUUGCGGAGAUUGACGAUAGUAAUCCUGUUCCACUAACGCCGGUUGGGUCACAGUCAUCGUCAGCUAUGCUCUCACACCAUGCAGGCAGCAGUGUAGAGUGCACACCAGAAAAGGGCUCUGACUUCACUUUACCUUCACCAUCAGCCAGAUCACAGGCUACUCAUGCAUCAAGCACCACACCUUCUAAGACCGUGAUGCCUGACACUGAGCUACCAACUACACCACGGAGCAGCACAAAAUCUGAUAAGAAUAAGGCAGUGCAGGACAAGGACAACCGCCUUCCAAGUGAGGGCCCUGUUACGCAGUCACUGAUUGUACCAACUUAUUCAACGCCUGAAGCGCAGCAAAGCACAACUAAGAAAAGAAACCGUGCAUCACUCGAGAGAAAAACUGCAAGGAAGAUUGUUUUGGAUGAUGGUGGCAAGAAUGACAGUGGGGAUGAUUCUGCUGCUCCCCCUACUGGGCCUAGGUACUACAAAUUAUCUUCAAUGAUAGGACAGAGAAUCUUCAGCAUUGGCAUGGAGUCUGCUACCGCAGAGACUGAGGCCAAGGCUGUCGUUUCCUUCAUGGUUGGCUAA